AUGGAUAGAGAAGGUGUUGGGCGAUACGAAUGCGCGGUGUGGCUGGAGCACAUAAGCAAACAGGUGGAUGUGUCGCCAAGCAUAAGCAGGACUGAGAACCAGGACCCAGAACCAUGGAAAGUAAACUUCCGGGGGAAUGCGACAAGUUAUUCCAUUCACCUAAUAUCAGAGCUUGAAGUUUUGCGCACAGCUUACCAGCGCUUCCUCCCUGCGCUUGGCGGUCCAAUUGCUCUACUCCCUUUACCCAACAACCACGCCACCCUUGUCUGGUCCACGACCCCCGAGAACGCCGCACACCUCAAAUUCCUCCCCACACCGGCCUUCCUGGCUAUGGUCAACGCGGCCUUCCAUAUGCGUGCGAAAUGA